AUGCUUCUAAACUCUGAGCUAAGAACCAAACUAAAUCUCUUGCCUUAUUUGUUCCAGGUGGGAUUCUUGAAGAUUAGCCACAAAUAUGAGAUAACGUUCCUGCUGCCGACGUCACAGAACUUGGGGCAGAGCUCCUGCUGCACCCCACUGCCCAGCCACUACUUGAAGGUGGUCGAGAUCACCCCAGUGCCAGAAGGCCACCGGAUGAAGUGCGAGUACAUGGCGCACAAGGAGGGGGUAAUCAGAGAGGAAAUGUUGAUCGCCAGCGAACUCAAGGACAGCGCCUCGGUGAAAGUGACGUUGCAGGCCAGAGUCCUGGAUCGUCUGCACGGGACCCCCAUGCUGCUGGAAGGGGUCAAAUGCAUCGGCUCCGAACCAGAGUAUGACUCCGAGCAAAGUGACUGGCAGGGCUUCGAUUAGACGCCACCACAUCUCUACACUGCCUUCAGCCUCAGUGGCCACCUCCCAAUGUCACACUCGCUAAGCUGUGAAAUCCUCUUUUUUCUUCCCUCUUUCCAUUUCCCCAUUCUAUCCCUUUUUCUCUCACUCUUUCCUUCAUUCCACCUUCCUCUUUGUCUCUCUUUCUCACUCUCUCUCUCCCUCUCUUUCCCUCUAAUAUUCUUUACCUUUCUCUCAUUCACUAUUUAUUUCACUCUCUCUAUUUCCUCUCAUUUUUUUCCUUUCUUUUUCUUUUCACACUUUCUGUUCUUUCUCUAUUUUCACUCGAUUUCUUUUGCUCCCUUUUUUCACUUUCAGUUCUUUAUUUUCAUUGGAUUGCUUUCUCUAUUUCAUUCACUAUUUAUUUUCUCUCUUUUCAUUUUCUCUCUGUAGUUCUUUCUCUCUUUCUCUAUUUCAUUCACUCUUCCUGUUCUUUAUUUUCACUCGUUGUCUGUCACUAUUCCUUUCUCUCUUAAUUUCUAUCACUCUUUUUUCAUUCUUUCUGUUCUUCCUCUAUUUUCACUAUCGAUUUCUCUCUUUUUCUUUCACUUUUUCUCUCUUUAUUUUUUUACUAUUUCUCUAUUUUCACACAAUUUUUCUCUCUAUUUCACUUUCUUCAUUUCUAUCACUUUUUUUUACUCUUCUGUUCUUUUUAUUUUCGCUCUCACUUUCAAUUCUGUUCCCUUUUUAUUUCUUCCUCUCUUUAUAUUUCUUUUUCUCUAUUUUCACUUGAUUUAUUUCUUCCUUUCACUCUCUCUCUCUCGCACUCGCUCUCCCUCUGUCUGUCUCUCUCUCUACCUCUCUCGUCUCUCUCUCUCUCUCCAUAUAUAUAUUUUGUAAUUUGAUAUUCCGCUUGUAAUGUAAUUUCCCCCUUGAGCAUUCAAUAUAUGUGAAUGCAAAUGCAAUUAAGCGUUGCCUAUGAGAAGUAUAAUGGGAGCAUAAUGUCGGAUGCACUGGGGAUUAUAUGCAUUGAUUGUUCAGUGAAGUACAAUGCAGAAUGUGUUUAUUUUGUGAAAUAAAUGAAAUACAUUGUUAA